UAAAAUGAGAGGCCCCAAAUCCACACAAAGCUCCUCCCCAACACCCAAACACCCCCCUCCCCACCUCUCUCUAUCCCUCCAAGGCUUAAACCUCCAGGUGCGAGCAGAAUCCAUAAAACCUUAUCCUCUAUCCACUCACCUCAUCUCCUCUAUACCGUAUACCUCCUCUUCACCUACCUCCCCACCCUUCUCUUCCUCCCUUCAUCGCCCUCACUCGGCAUCUUUCUCUCUCUUUUCCUUUUCGCCUACCUUUAGCUUUCAUUCUUUCCUAAACAUUCCCUUGUUCAAAAGCUGCACCUUGGUUUCUUUCUUUUGCUUCUCUUGAAUUCCAAUUCCCGGCCGUGCCAGUGAGUUACAGUUGGAGUGCCGCUGCAGCGAAGAAGAGGAAGAACCGUGACGCCAGAUGGCUCCCAAGUCUGGGAAGGCGAAGCCUCACAAGGCCAAAGGGGAGAAGAAGAAGAAAGAAGAGAAAGUUUUGCCGACGGCACUGGACAUCACGGUGGAGACACCGGACUACACGCAGCUCACGCUCAAGGGCAUAUCGACGGACAAGAUCCUCGACGUUCGCAAGCUGCUGGCGGUACACGUGGACACCUGCCACCUCACCAACUUCUCUCUCUCCCACGAGGUGCGAGGAAGCGGGCUGAAGGACACGGUGGAGAUCGUCUCGCUCAAGCCCUGCCACGUCAGCGUCGUGGAAGAGGAGUACACGGAGGAGCUCGCCGUCGCCCACAUCCGCCGCCUGCUCGACAUCGUUGCCUGCACCACCGCCUUUGGAGCGGCCCCGCCGAGGCAUGCCGGAGGCACGGCGGCGCUGUCUUCGGGCAGCAUCGAAAAGGGCGACACCAAGCCCGGCGACACUGCGAAGGCGGCCGAGACAAUUAGCGAGGCGCCCAAGACCGAAGCAACCGCAGGCAGCCCGAAGACCAAGGCCGGGAGCAAGAAGCCCGAUUCUCCAACAAGUGCCACCGCAGGGGCCGCUGCUUAUAAGGACGAGCCCUUGUACCCUCCGCCCAAGCUCGGCCAGUUUUACGACUUCUUCUCCUUCUCCCACCUUACGCCGCCGCUACAAUAUGUGAGGAGGUCGUCGCGACCGUUCGUGGAGGACAAAAGAGAAGAUGAGUUCUUUCAGAUCGAUGUGAAGAUUUGCAAUGGGAAAGUGGUGACGGUGGUUGCAUCUCGAAAUGGGUUCUACCCAGCUGGGAAAGGGGCGCUUUUAAGCCAUUCGUUGGUUGCCUUGUUGCAGCAAAUUAGCCGGGCUUUUGAUGGUGCAUACAAGUCCCUGAUGAAAGCUUUUGUCGAGCACAACAAGUUUGGAAAUCUUCCUUAUGGAUUUAGAGCAAACACUUGGGUGGUUCCUCCUUCAGCUGCAGAUUCGCCGUCGGUUUUUCCUCCUCUUCCUACAGAGGAUGAAACUUGGGGUGGAAAUGGUGGCGGUCAGGGACGAGAUGGCAAGCAUAAUCAGAGGCCAUGGGCGAACGAAUUUGUAAUCCUUGCAGCGAUGCCUUGUAAAACACCUGAGGAGAGACAGAUCCGUGAUCGGAAGGCCUUCCUUCUUCACAGCUUAUUUGUUGAUGUGGCUGUUGUCAAAGCUGUUGAGGCUAUUCAGCAUCUACUAUUCAAACAUGAUUGCUCAAAUGAAGCACCAAAUGACCCCUAUGCUGCAAUUUUACAUGAUGAACAAGUAGGGGAUUUAAGAAUCACAGUCACGAAAGACAAAGCUGAUGCAAGUGCUAAAUUGGAUGUCAAAUUGGAUGGAAUUCAAGCUCAAGGAAUGUCUUCUAAGGAUCUUUGUCAGAGAAAUUUACUCAAGGGAAUAACGGCUGAUGAGAGUGCGACUGUUCAUGAUACUUCCACUAUGAGUGUGGUGGUCAUUAGACAUUGUGGUUAUACGGUUGUUGUCAAAGUUCCAGUUGAAGCUGGUUUAGAUGUAGUUCCUGUAACAGAGCAGGACAUUUAUAUUGAAGAUCAGCCUGAGGGAGGUAGCAACUCCUUAAAUGUCAAUAGCUUGAGGAUGCUGUUACACAAGUCCACUUCAUUCUGUGGAGCCCAGAAGUCUCAAUGUGCAGAUUUAGAAGAUCUGCAGUCCUUCAGGUCCUUAGUGCGAGAAGUAUUAGCAGAUAGUCUGCAGAGGUUACAAGAAGAAGCUACCCAACAGAGAAUGUCAAUAAGAUGGGAGCUAGGAGCUUGCUGGGUGCAGCAUUUACAGAAUCAAUCUUCAGGAAAAACUGAAUUGAAGAAAAGUGAGGACAGUAAAGUUGAAACAACAGUAAAAGGUCUUGGGAAACAAUUUGGUCAGCUGAAACAAAUUAAGAAGAAGAUAGAUGAUAAGGGUUGGAAAACUGAUUCUGCCAAGGAAAAUUCUUGUGCUGGCAUGGACGCGGAUGGUGCCAGUCCUAGGGAGGAUAAGGAAAUGGCAUUGCACAAGUUGCUUCCUGAAGCAGCAUACUUACGCCUCAAAGAAUCUGAAACUGGCCUUCAUGCUAAGUCACCAGAUGAGUUGAUUGAGAUGGCACAGAGAUACUAUGAGGAUAUUGCCCUGCCAAAGUUGGUAGCAGACUUUGGUUCACUCGAACUGUCUCCUGUUGAUGGAAAGACAUUGACGGAUUUUAUGCAUACCAGAGGUUUGCAGAUGUGUUCACUAGGACGUGUGGUUGAACUUGCAGACAAGCUGCCUCAUGUGCAGUCCCUUUGUCUACAUGAGAUGAUAGUUCGAGCUUAUAAGCAUAUACUUCAGGCUAUUAUUGCAGCGGUUGGUGAUAUAACUGACAUGGCUGGGACAAUAGCGUCUUGUUUGAAUAUUUUGCUUGGAUCACUGCCAGCAGAUAAUGCAGAUAUUAACUUAGACAAUGACUAUCAUCUCAAGCAAAAGUGGUUAGAAAGUUUCCUUUUAAAGAGAUUUGGAUGGAGAUUGAAAAACAAGGACUGCCAUGACUUGAGGAAGUAUGCAAUCUUACGUGGGCUUUGCCACAAGGUAGGACUUGAGCUAGUUCCUAGGGACUAUGAUAUGGAAACUCCACAUCCUUUUAGGAAGUCAGACAUUAUCAGCAUGAUUCCUGUAUACAAACAUGUUGCAUGCUCAUCAGCCGAUGGGCGCACUUUGCUGGAAUCAUCUAAGACUUCCUUAGACAAAGGAAAACUAGAGGAUGCUGUUAACUAUGGGACCAAGGCAUUGGCAAAACUAGUUGCAGUGUGUGGUCCUUACCACAGAAUGACAGCAGGUGCAUACAGCCUUUUGGCUGUAGUUCUCUACCAUACUGGUGACUUCAACCAGGCAACCAUCUACCAGCAAAAAGCUCUCGAUAUCAAUGAGAGGGAACUUGGUCUUGAUCAUCCAGAUACAAUGAAAAGCUACGGUGAUCUUGCUGUUUUCUACUAUCGUCUUCAACAUACAGAACUAGCACUGAAGUAUGUUAACCGUGCUUUGUACCUAUUACACCUGACUUGUGGCCCUUCACAUCCUAACACUGCUGCCACAUACAUCAAUGUGGCAAUGAUGGAAGAAGGCUUGGGUAAUGUGCAUGUUGCUCUAAGGUACCUGCAUGAGGCACUAAAGUGCAACCAAAGACUUCUUGGAGCUGAUCAUAUACAGACUGCAGCCAGUUAUCAUGCUAUUGCCAUUGCUCUGUCUUUGAUGGAAGCUUAUUCUCUAAGUGUCCAGCAUGAACAAACAACUCUCCGCAUACUUCAAGCAAAGCUUGGAUCAGAAGAUCUCCGAACACAGGAUGCUGCUGCAUGGCUUGAGUAUUUUGAGUCCAAGGCUCUCGAGCAACAGGAAGCUGCACGAAAUGGUACCCCAAAACCCGAUGCUUCCAUCGCCAGCAAAGGUCAUUUGAGUGUAUCAGACCUUUUGGAUUAUAUCAACCCGGAUGCGGAGCUCAAAGCAAGAGAAAUUCUAAAGAAACAAGCUCGUGCAAAGAUAAAAGGCAGAAAUGGUCAGAACCAAUCAGAAACUUUUGAAAUAGAGGAUGAGAAGGUUGACACACCAAAACAGGAUUACCCAUGGAGGGAGACUAAUGAUAAGGAGAACAACUCCUACAUACAGCCCAUGGAGCCUAAAGAUGAGAAGCCCAAUAUCACUGUCAUUCAUGUCUCCAAGACAAAUCUAGAGGAUGAUAUCAUCGAGGAAGACACAGCUGAAGAAGGAUGGCAAGAAGCUGUCCCCAAGGGACGAUCUCUGUCAAGCCGCAAAUCUGUGUCAAGAAGACCAAGUUUGGCCAAAAUCAACACAAAUGCAUUAAACAAUGUAGAAAGUCCACGCUAUCGAGUUAGGCCUUCCUCCAGCAUCUCUUCCCCAGGAACACCACCAGCUGAUGCUAUCUUUCCUUCUUCUACUAGUCCCGCUUCUAAGAAGUUGGUAAAAAGUUCUAGCUUCAACCAGAAACUAAGCAUCGUUGCUGCUUCAACUGUAAAUGACACUGAAAAAUCUUUGGGCAACAAGUUGGCAUCUGCAAGUCCUGCCAUCACAGCUACAACUUGCAAGCUAGUUUCGUCAUCAAAUUCAAUCACUAGUCCAUCGACCAGAAAAACCUUAUCAUACAAAGAAGUGGCAUUGGCUCCUCCGGGAACUAUUGUGAAGGUCACAGAAGAUAAAGUGACAAAAGAAAAACAUUCAGAUGACCAGGAUAAUGAAAUUUGCAAGGAAGCACCUAGUAUGGUUCCAAUUGUAGGAGAACAGAUUACAGAUGAUACUAGGGAGGAGAUGAGGGAUCAGGAAACCAUUGAAGAAAAGAAACACACAUCUUCUCCUGUGGGACAUAAGGGCCCUGUGGUGGAGGGAAAAAACCAGGAAAAAAUGAAUUCUAUGGUGGCAGAAGCAUCUAUAGAAUUGGAUAGUUCUAUUGUAGUAGACCGAAAAGAAGAAAAAGAAUCUGCUAUUGUUUCUAGUCCUAAAGAGUCGUUCACUUUGGAAGCAGCAAACAUGACCUUCUCAGGACCUGAGAUAUCAGAAAUAACUGAUACAGCUACUGAAGAUGGUAAAGUAGCUCCUGUAGUGGAAGAAUCUUGUGAAAUAUCAGAAUCAGGAUGCUUUACAGAGAAAGAAACAGAAGCAAGUUCAUCUGCUUCAGAUGGAACACCUGCCAUGCAAGAAAGUGACACCACUGCUUCUACUGAAGAUGCAAGCAAUGUUGGAGAUGAGAUGCAGGAACAGCUGUCUAGUGGCGGUGAAAGCGAGCCCUUGCCAAUGAAAGAGAAAAAGAAUGAAACAGGUGAAAUUGCGAAAGAGCCAAGCAGUAAACUAUCAGCAGCUGCACCUCCAUUCAAUCCAUCAACAAUACCAGUUUUUAGCUCGGUUGCAAUGCCAAGCUUCAAAGAUCAUGGAGGAAUUUUACCACCACCAGUAAAUAUACCUCCAAUGUUGACCCUUCCUGUCCGUAAGCAUCCCCAUCAGUCUGCUACAUCCAGAGUACCUUAUGGUCCACGGAUUGCUGGUGGUUAUAACCGUUCAGGUCAUCGUGGUCACCGUAACAAGCUGCCAUUUCAGAAUGGUGAGUUAUCUCCUCAUGAUGGGAGCUGUUUCAGUCCAAAAAUAAUGAAUCCUAAUGCUGCAGAGUUUGUUCCUGGCCAGCCUUGGACUCCAAACAACCAUCCAGUGUCCCCAAAGGACUUUCAAGCAUCACCAGAUGGUAUUCCACUUUCCCCUCGAAGUUUCCCUCCGCCAUUAGAUAGUUUAGUGGCUCCACCAGAUAGAUUGAUGGCAUCGCCAACACCUAUUCCCUCAGAUGCCUCUCAUAGUAAUGAAGCUCCUGCAGAAGGAAAUGACGCUAUCAAUAAAGUUCUUGAGGAACCAGUGGAUGAUAACCAGAAUCCAGACACUGAGCAGUGUAACGAAAGCAAAGAUGCUUAUCUGAACACAGAGCAGAGUACUUCUGCAGAGACGACAUUUGAAAAUGUUCUACCAGCAAGUAAAGUUCCAGAAGCUGCAAAAUCCACGGAUAAGCAAAAGUGUUGGGCUGACUACAGCGAUGGUGAAGUUGACGUUGUUGAGGUUGUGAGUUAAGGACAACAGAUACAUGGUCCACGGCGGAAUAAAGUGGAUUUGGUGGCAAUGUUGGAUGAACCUAAGAACGAAACUUUUCUCUGAAAGAUAUUAUUUCCUUGCUUUCUAAAACAUAGGUCCUGAAGCUUAUGUAAUGCUAUCAUGAAAUAUAGUGAAUCAAAGAGGGAGAACUACCGUAGGAGCUAAAUGCUGAAAGCUAUAGAUGGCAAAGAUACUAAGACAGCAGUACGGCUGAUUCAGGUUUUCCUGCCUGUUUUUCUGCAUCAAUUUUCAGGUUUUGAUCACUUGACUUUCAUUGAAAUUAUUUGAUCAGUAACUUUUUUAUUUGUCACAAGACGUACCAAAUAACUUUCCUGCUUUCUAGUGAGCCAUGACUGAAAAUAAUUGCUCCAUGGACAAUAGUAUAGGUUCUAGAUUAUUGUAGGUUGUUUACAAAUGCCUUGUAUCUCGUUACUUCAUGUAGAGGUGGUUGAAUCUUUGUGGUUUCUUUUCUGAAGUUUGCUGGAAUUGAAUUAUGUAUAUUCAGGCUCAA